AUUACAGAUGAAUGAAGAUAUUAAUGAGUGGAUAGAUUCUGAUAUUCAACCUGAAACUGAUAUAUUGGAAAAUGUUAAGCCUGUAAAUGAAUGUGUUGAAAUUGACAACAGAUUAGAAAGAAGAAUCACUAAUAAAUUUGUAUAUUAA